GAAUUCAAAUCGAAGCGCAUAAAGACUUCUUGGGUGUGUCUGGCUGUCUGUUUAUGCUUUGUCCUGCAACCUUGGUCAAUAAAGAAUUCUUCGUCUUACGGAAACUUUUCAUAUGGAGUAUUAAUCACAGAUUUUCAAGGGGCAGUCCGGAUUCGGAAUCUGUCCGGCUCAGGUUUCUACAGGUCAGCGUUUGACAUGGCAUCUUCUGUGGUCCAGGCAGUCAGCGGAAUCUGGCGGUCACACUCUGCCCUGGAGGAGUCAGAUGGGCCGGACAACACCCCCGAAGCACCACAACGCUCCUACUCGUCGUCGUCACUGAGAUCCCUGCGCUCCUCUCUUCGUACGCGACUCCCGCUAAGACCCAUGGAGUCACAAGCCAGCGCCCCUCCCACCUUGGAGCUGGCCCCUCACCCUGGCCAUAAGCUCCGCCUCCUUACACGCAGCGCUCGCAACUCCAUUGGUGGGGCAUAUCAGAAACUGCAGAGGAGGUGCAGUGCCAGGGAUGAGUUUCUGGUGGCAAGUCCCGGCCAGACCCCCGAGGAUGAGGAGAAUGAGGGGCCAGCUCUGAGAUGCGAUCGGGCUCACUGCACAGCACGUAGGCCGUCUGCCGCCAUCACACCUACACGGAACAAGCCGUGCACCCCGCAGUCGGCUGGCAGGAAGACUUGCGGUGGGAAGGUCCCAGGUGUGACUUUGAGGGCUGGGGGCUCCAGACGACAGCUGGUUCGGGUGGCGGCACUGAAGAGUCCUUUCGCAUCCCCCAACACCCUGAGCCGUCGGAGGCAGUUUGACAUGGACCUGGAGUCUGUGUCCGCCGGCCUCCGGAGGCUGAAGAACCUCUCGCUAGCCCUAGAUGAUGUCAUCGGGAGGGAUGAGAGGGCCCAGGCCAUAGAGAACUACCACAGAGUGAUGGUGGGAGGCUAUAAGGCAGCUCGGGGUCACCCGCCUCGCAGACUCACCAGGGCUUCCAUCCGUUGCAAAACCAAAAGGAUACAGGAGAUUGUCCACAGCUGGACUGACGUGGCAGUGUCAAAAAUACGCAAGGCCACUUAGGUUCAGGUUUGACUUCGGUCCUCCUGCCUCUGUUACAUUGUGCUUUUAAUGAUGUCAGUUUAUUUCAUGUACUUGUUAUUUUUUUUCCCCCACCCUGUUCCACCUUUGUGUUGCCAAAUGUUGACUGUGUUUUGUAUGUAAACCAAAGCCUGACUAUUCAGGAUGAUCAGUGUUUCAUCGGAGGGCAUGGAUCUCCGCAUUUUUUUCAUGAAUGAUACUUUAAUGGCCUUUGUGUUUAUUCGUAUGGGUCAAGCCACAACGUAGAUGUGAUGGUCCUGCGUGGUGUCUCAUGGUGCUGCUGUAUUCUCUGGUUCCAAGGCCUGAGCUUAAAUGACAAGUAUGAAAAAUGAAGGAUGUGAAAACUCUACUUAUGCAAUAAGACUGUUACACUAUGUACUACUAACAGUGACGAUAAACUGAAACUAAAUGCAAACAUAAUGUCUGCCUCUCAUUGUAUCCCACUACUGUUCUAUAACCACUAACUAUAAUAUUAAUAGUGCAUGUUUUUUUUGGUUUUUUUUACUGUGAUGGUAAACCUUUUAAUGGAUUUUAAUAACUUUUAUAAGUUUAUUUUUAUACCAGUGCUUGACAGGCACUCAGUCCUGAGGAGCCAACUGUUUUAUAAAUGGCAACGGGCCUCGAUUGCCGACGAGCUCCCUGCACGCCAGUCAGUGUCACAUGGGGGUCUGUGUUUCCUGCGUCACCCCUACAGUCACACACACGUGGAUUUAUGCCCCCAAGCGGCUGGUGUUGAACCACGUUGUACGUUCCAGCCGUUUACUGUGUUCUUGUUGCUGCUGUCUUGGAAAGGUCUGGAUUGUCUGAAUUCCCGACCUGAGUGUUGUACCUUGUGCCUUGUACUCUGUCUGCUGUACGCUGCCCACUUGUCUAAGUAACCACGCUUGUUGUUUUCCAAAUGGGACGUAAAUUAUAUUUUUAACUGUUCAUAUGCAGCCAUAAUAAAAAUGUAUUCAUAA